AUGCAGUUCGGAUUUUACUUGCCCAGCAGCGGCCCUACAGCUAGACCGGAGCCUCUGGCGGCCAUAGCCAGGAAAGGCGACGAACUUGGGUUCUAUUGCAUGGUAGCCGGCGACCACAUCCUGGUGCCCAGGGAGGUCAACUCCCCUUAUCCCUACACUGCCGACGGGCGUUUCCAUGGCGGUGCUGCCGUCGAGUACAUGGAACAAUUGACUUUGCUAACCUAUCUGGCCGGGAUCACCAGCAAUAUUCGGCUGGUACCCAGCGUUAUGAUAGUUCCCUACCGAAAUCCGCUGCUGGCGGCCAAGAUACUGGCCACUAUGGACGUCUUGUCCCAGGGCCGGUUGACGGUGGGCGUGGGUGUCGGCUGGAUGGAGGAGGAGUUUGAGGCGCUGGAUGCUCCCCCCUUCGCCGAGCGGGGAGCUGUGACCAACGAAUACCUGCUAGCUUUUAAGGAGUUGUGGACCAGUGACAACCCCACCUUUGAAGGCAAGUACUGCCGUUUCUCCGACAUUCAUUUCCUGCCCAAGCCCGUGCAGGAACCACAUCCGCCAAUUUGGGUAGGCGGCCAAAGCCGUGCUGCCAUGCGUCGGGCCGCCAGGCUGGGAGAUGGGUGGCAUCCAGUGGGCGCUAUUCCAGCGGCGCCGCUGGAACCAGAGGAACUGGCACAGAACAUUUCUGAGCUGCACCGGUACGCGGAGGAAGCGGACCGCGACCCCGGUGAACUUGAAGUCUCGAUGAAAGCUCCCCUGUACGACGUGAAUUCCAGUCCCUCAGGCGUGACGCGCCGCCGCUUCUCGGGCGAACCCGAGCAAAUGCUUCAGGACAUCCAGACUUAUCAGGAUGCAGGAGUGGGCUGCAUUAUCUUCGACAUCCGGGGAGAAGACCUUAACAGGUCCCUCGAACGCCUGGACUGGUUUGCGGAAGAGGUCAUGUCCCAAGGCUGA